GAUCCCCAAAGCGCCCGGAUGAAAGACAAAACGCUGCAUGGUUGUUUGACUCGGUCGAGGUAGAGCAGAGCAGAGCAGGGGAACAUACAGGACUGAGAGAGACACUGUCGGAAUCUGGACAUUUUUGACGGAGCUUCUAAAAGCCACCAGGCGACAACCAGACGUUCGGUUCUGGGAAAAGGAGAGUUGUUGAACGGUGUCGUAUUUCGCUCUUAACUCGUCAUGGGAGAAAUGCUCGCUGCAUACCCAUAGAUUCAACGUACAAAGUCUGUGGACGGGAGUGUUUAUGGUCUGUGCAGAACAACUAGCCAAAGCCUCAGAUCUGGGUCGUCCAAAGUGAGGGAAGAGAAGGGUGUAGACGGGACUGUCUCAGCUCUGAGCCAUGGAAUGCCCCCUCCGUCCGCCACUAGCUGCCUCUUCUCCACAGACUGAGCUCCAGACGCUAAGUUAGCGGCACGCUUCUGCCCUCGAACGUAACACAUCCAGGAAGGGAGGAAGUCACAGCAGAGCAGAGCUUCGUACGCACAGAGGAAAGGAUUUACAGCUCCUCUCCAACGCACCAACAGCUAGCUGCUUUUAGCUUAGUUGGUUAGGUUUAGUUGGUUAGGUUUUUCUUCUUUCUUGUUUUCUCUGUGGAUUUGUGAUUUUUGAUCGAGAGUCAAGAUGGUGGAUUUACAAGAGUACCUGUGGAUGGUGAUCCUCGGCUUCGUGAUAGCCUUCAUCCUGGCCUUCUCUGUGGGGGCCAACGACGUGGCCAACUCGUUCGGGACGGCGGUAGGAUCGGGGGUGGUGACGCUGAAGCAGGCCUGUAUCCUGGCGUCCAUCUUUGAGACGUUGGGUUCCAUGCUGCUUGGAGCCAAGGUGGGGGAGACCAUACGGAAGGGCAUCAUAGACGUCAACCUAUACAACGAGACUGUGCCCGUGCUUAUGGCAGGGGAGGUCAGCGCCAUGGUCGGUUCUGCGAUUUGGCAGCUCAUUGCGUCGUUCCUCAAACUACCCAUCUCUGGGACGCAUUGCAUCGUGGGUUCAACCAUUGGGUUCUCCAUGGUGGCCAUUGGCACCAAGGGCGUUCAGUGGAUGCAGCUGGUCAAGAUUGUUGCAUCCUGGUUCAUCUCUCCCCUACUGUCGGGACUGAUGUCUGGGUUCCUCUUCUUCCUCAUCAGACACUUCAUCCUUAAUAAGGAUGACCCGGUCCCCAACGGUCUCCGUGCCCUGCCAGUGUUCUACGCCUCAACGAUAGGCAUCAACGCCUUCUCCAUUCUUUAUACAGGAGCACCAUUGCUAGGUCUGGAGAUGUUACCGGUGUGGGCUAUAGCUCUUAUCACGCUGGCGGGGGCUCUGGUCUGUGCUGUCGUGGUCUGGUUCGCCGUCUGCCCCUGGAUGAGACGGAAGAUAGCAAGUAGAAUAAAGAAGGAGCGAGCUGCCCUGUCCAGGAUCUCAGACGAGUCCUUAGAUCAGAUUCCCGAGGAGGAAGAGGAGGAGCUUCCCGUGUUCAAGGAGCUACCGGGCGCCAAGGGGACGGACGACGCCGUGCUGCCGUUAACAGGUGGUAGCGGAGGGGAGUCACGGAGAGGAGAGGCCACCGGAGAGCUCAACAGCCUGGCAAAUGGAGGCACUGUCCUGCCCAACGGACGCGUCUAUGGGCGGACCCACUCCAUGACCAACGGCACCCUGUCCAUGUCCAAGUCCCCACCGUCCAAUGGAAGCUUCACAUUCGGUGGGGAACACAUGCGCAGCGACGGCCAGGUGUACCACACGGUCCACAAGGACUCCGGUCUCUACAAAGACCUGCUCCACAAGAUCCACCUGGGACGGCUGGAGGACGACCGCUCCGCCCCCACGCCAGACAACAACUACCGUCUGCUGCGGCGCAACAACAGCUACACCUGCUACACGGCUGCCAUCUGUGGCGUGCCGGUCCAGCCGCCGCUCCGCUCCGAGUCCCGGGAGGCCCGGGAGGACAGCGAGAAGCUGGUGGGGGAGGGGGAGAGGUCGGGGAGCGUGUCCUACGCCAAGAAGAGGGUCCGUUACGAUAGCUACUCGUCGUACUGUAACGCCGUGGCGGAGGCCGAGAUCGAGGCGGAGGAGGGCGGCGUGGAGAUGAAGCUGGCGUCUGACCUGGGGGGGGGCGAGGAGGCAGCGGCGCCAGGGGCUCCCGUCCCGCUGGAUGACUCGGCAGAAGAGGACGAGGGGGAGAAGGACAAGCCGACCGUCUACCUGCUUUUCCACUUCCUGCAGAUCCUCACCGCGUGCUUCGGAUCCUUCGCUCACGGAGGCAACGACGUCAGUAAUGCCAUCGGCCCGUUGGUGGCGCUGUGGAUGAUCUAUGACCAAGGCGGGGUGAUGCAGGACGCUGCCACCCCCAUCUGGCUGCUGUUCUACGGGGGCGUGGGCAUCUGCUGCGGCCUCUGGGUGUGGGGGCGCCGGGUGAUCCAGACCAUGGGCAAGGACCUCACCCCCAUUACCCCCUCCAGUGGAUUCACUAUAGAGCUGGCUUCAGCACUCACUGUUGUGUUGGCUUCCAAUAUCGGAAUCCCUGUCAGUACCACACACUGCAAGGUGGGCUCGGUGGUAGCGGUUGGCUGGAUCCGCUCCAAGAAGGCGGUUGAUUGGCGGUUGUUCCGUAAUAUCUUCCUGGCGUGGUUCGUCACGGUGCCGGUGGCGGGGCUGUUCAGCGCCGCGGUCAUGGCCCUGUUCGUCUACGGCAUCCUCCCUUAUGUCUGAGGAAGAGAGGAGAGAGGGAGAAAAGAAGAGAGGAGAGAGGGAGAGAGGGGAAGGUGGAGAGGAGAGAGGGAGGCCUCAAGCAGAUGGGAUGGGAUGGGGGGGGGUAUGAGGAGUAAAAGUGAGGGGUAAAGAAAGAGGAGAUGAAAAGAGUGGGCCUUGAAGUUAAGAAUGGGGCUAGGGGGUGAAAAGAGAGAUGGAGGGAUGGAGUGGUUAAUUACACUGUUUCUAGAGGAGAGAAAAGGGUUAGAUCACAUGCUGCCUGGGUUCUAGUCCUGAAGAGGGUUAGAUCACAUGCUGCCUGGGUUCUGGUCCUGAAGAGGGUUAGAUCACAUGCUGCCUGGGUUCUAGUCCUGAAGAGGGUUGGAUCACAUGCUGCCUGGGUUCUAGUCCAGAGACUCGUUGACUUCCUUCUAUUGUGUUUUUAUUAUUAUUAUUGCAUUUUUAAAAAAAAAACUAAUGGUGUUUAACUAACGUGUUAAAUCUUACAGUUCAACCUGCUGUACAGACAUACAUAUCACAGACUUACAUAUCACAGACUUACAUAUCACCGAUAUGUAUAUAUUACAGACAUACAAUGCCUUCAGAAAGUAUUCAUACCCCUUGACUUAUUCCAUGUUGUUGUUUUACAGCCUGAAUUCAAA